AUGCCGCCGGAGAGGACGAGGAUGGAGGAGCUGUGGCAGCGCGAGGUCGGCGGCCUCCCACCCAAGUGCUUCGCCAACUCCGUCAUGGCCUCCAAGGAGUAUGUGCAGUCUCUCAACAUCCAAAUGCGGCUACGGAAGCACUGGGGCUGUGUCAACACGAUAAGCUUCAGCGCCGACGGGAGGCUGCUCCUCUCCGGGUCCGACGACCGGACCCUCGUGCUCUGGGACUGGCAGGAGGCGGCGCCGGCCUUGUCGUUCCACACCGGGCACAGCAACAACGUCUACCACGCGCUGUUCAUGCCUGUCUCGGGUGAUCGGAGCAUCGUCUCAUGCGCUGCUGAUGGGGAGGUGAUCCAUUCGCAGAUACAGGAAGGGGGUCGAGUGAUUACAGACAAACUCGUUGAGUUGGAGUUUGCAGUACACAGGUUGGCUGUUGAGCCAGCAAGUCCUCACACGUUCUACUGCUGCUGCCAAGAUAGCUCCGUGUGGCUUUUUGAUCUCAGGGGGGAAAAUGCCAUGGAACUAUUUAAAUGUAGGGCUCCGGACUAUUACGCUGCUGAAAACAUCGCACUCUAUGCUAUUGCCUUAGACCCAAGGAAGCCCUGUUGUUUCGCAGUUGCUGGAUCAGAUCAGUAUGUAAGGAUAUAUGAUACCCGCAAGAUUUUUGUGGAUGGGAAUUCUAGUUCCAGUCGCCCAACUGAGCACUUCUGCCCUCCACAUUUGAUUGGUCAAAUUGAAGAAGAAAUAACUGGUUUGGCCUACUCACAGACCAGCGAGCUAUUAGCGUCCUAUAGUCAUGACGAUAUCUACCUUUUCUCAAGAGAGCAUGGUUUGCACUUCAACAAUGUUGAGGUCAAUAAACAACUCCUGAAGGAUGCAAUUGAGCCUUCCUUUUCCUUUGGUGAUAAGUUGCCUAUACCUAAGACAUUCAAGGGACACAAGAACGUAGAAACCAUGAAGGGGGUCAACUUCCUUGGGCCCAACUGUGAUUUUGUUACCUCUGGGUCAGACUGUGGCAAUAUAUGUAUUUGGAGAAAGAAGGAUGCAGAACUGAUCAGAGCGAUGCGUGGAGAUAAGCAGAUUGUAAACUGUGUCGAACAGCACCCUUGUGGGAUUGUUCUAGCAAGUAGUGGCAUUGAUAAAGAUAUCAAGAUUUGGGAACCUGGUGAAGGUGAAAACCUCUCCAUCACUGAAGCUCACGAGGACGAUGAAGAUAGUUGGAUCUCCAGUGAUUAUGAUUCUGAUGGCUUUAUUAUCAACGACGGCUUUGGUUAUGUGAUGGACUUGGAUCCUAUCCAUUUAUAUGAAAACGGUGAUCAUGUAUCUGAGGAGGAUGAAGAUACAUCGUCAGAGGAACAUGAUGACGGAGAUAACAGUGCCGAAGAAGACGAUGAUGGUGACAACAGUGCCGAAGAAGAUUUUGAUGGUGGAAACAGUGCUGGAGAUGAGGGCAAUGAUUGA